GCCGGCGGGGCCCGGCGGCCGGGCCCUUUAACAAUGGGCCGCCAGCGGGGCCGCCGCCGUCGUUCAGGACCGGCCGAGUGAAGCAGCUGCAUCCAGCCGAUUGUCCCGUGCCGUCCCAUGGAGCUGGAAGGGCAGUGGUGGAAAGGACAGCUGGCUGCCGAUAUCCAUCAAGCGCUUCGCUACAAGGAGCUGAAGUUGCCCUCAUAUAAAGGCCAGUCGCCUCAGCUAAAUCUCAGACGGUAUUUUGCAGACCUCAUUGCCAUUGUGAGCAAUCGUUUCACACUGUGCCCUUCUGCACGGCAUCUCGCUGUCUACUUACUGGACCUCUUUAUGGAUCGAUACGACAUUUCAAUUCAACAGCUACAUGUAGUUGCCCUCUCCUGUUUGCUUCUUGCAAGUAAAUUUGAAGAAAAGGAAGAUAGAGUACCAAAACUAGAGCAACUGAACAGCCUGGGUUGUAUGACUAAUAUGAAUCUAAUAUUAACCAAACAAAACCUGCUCCACAUGGAACUCUUGUUGCUCGAAACAUUUCAGUGGAACCUCUGCCUUCCGACAGCCGCUCACUUCAUUGAGUAUUAUCUCUCCGAGGCCGUUCACGAAACGGACCUGCACGACGGCUGGCCCAUGGUUUGUUUGGAAAAAACAAAGUUGUACAUGGCAAAAUAUGCUGACUAUUUUCUGGAAGUGUCUCUGCAAGGUGCGUUGCAUGCCUAUGGUGAAUUAUUUGUUAGGUACGAUUUGUGUUUUCCAUCGCUUAAAUUCAUUCUUGGUAUCUCCGCAGAUCAUGCAUUUCUAAAUUAUGCACCUUCUUUAGUAGCUGCUGCAUGUGUGGCUUCUUCGAGGAUUAUUCUACGUCUCUCCCCAACAUGGCCUGCUAGACUGCACCGUCUUACAGCUUACUCCUGGGACUUUCUGGUGCCAUGUAUUGAACGGUUAUUGAUUGCGCAUGAUAACGACGUGAAAGAAGCCAGCAAGCAAAAAGGACCACCCGGGCCCCAGACGACGCAGCAGAAUGCGUUCCAGCCCGCGUCGCAGCCGUCCAGGCCUGUUCACCUUCAGCCGCAUCAGUAUCUCCAGCAGGCGCGUCAGGCUUCCUUGCAGUAUCACCACCCGGCAUCGCAGCAGCAAAACUGCCAGCAGAUAGUCUCCACUACUCACACCUCCUCUUACACACUACAGACUUGUCCGGCCGGCUUGCAGACCAGCGUGCCGGGCCGAGGGCACAUCCAGACUGGCGUUGGUAUGUCGUUAGCUCUCCCCAUAGAAGUCAAGCCGUGUCUUAGCGUCUCCUAUAAUCGGAGUUAUCAGAUUAACGAGCACUACCCGUGUAUCACCCCUUGCUUUGAAAGGUGAUCCUGUGCCAAAGCUCUCAUUGAUCCAGACUUUCUGCCGUGAGUUUCAGAAACUCUAGGACCACUACAAAAAAAAAAAAAAAAUACAUAAAAGCCAAACUGAAUAUACCAAACCAGCAUUUCAGGUACAGAAUCCAAGUGUGAUUGAAUACAAGAGAAUUCUUUCAAUGCAUUACGUGCAAUGCAUAUUGGAGGACUGGACAGAUACUUUCAGCACUUGAAUAUGUGAUUAAAAUCUAGGCUUGCGAGGCCUAGCGUUGACAUAUGUUGUAAGGAAAAGAAGCAUUUUCUGUGGACUUGCCAGCUAGCCUUUCCUAUGAAGGAGAUUUGCAGUAUUACUUUUGGAGGCAGCAAUGUGUGUGUGAAUUACUUCCCCGGUAGAAGUAAUAUACUGAGUAAAAUGAUGUUGAGAUUAUUAACUUCGGAUACAUUCAGCCACUUGGAACCAACCAAAUGUUUGCCAGCACGAGGCUAGUGCUGUAGAGAAAUAGCCGUUUUGUCGAUGAGUGUGAUUCUACAACACCUUCCUAACACCAGGGUUUCGUUUCCGUGGGCUACGUCACAUCGGAGAGACGUGAAACCCGGAGCGUGACUUCAUUGCUUAACAUUUUCGACGAUGAUGUUCUCUAACUGUUUUGUAACAUACUAACUCAGGGAUUGUGCACCGGUUGUGAACACUUAAUUUUAUAAUCUAGGGUGAUUCAGGACCUCCAGCGUAAGGUACCGUGAUAACUUCUAAGCGUUUUUAAAUCGCAUCCAGUCAGUUCUGCCGUAAUGCAGGUUUUUCCAUUCGCAUUUUGGCCGGGACGUAAUUAGGGAGUAUUUCUCUGGCAACGUGAGCCCUCUGGGGCUCAGCAGGCUACGUCAUUGAAGAAACACCAGCAUUGGAACAGGUGAGUGCCGUAAGCGUGCAUCUUCCUUACUGUGAGACUUCACAAGAAUGCAUUCUAGGAGAACCAGGGGCACUGCCAAGUGGGCCUCAACUAACAGAACAGAGAGCACUGUGGCACAGAACUGAUGCGAGUGUUCAUUCUUGUGGUUCUUAAGCUUUUCUCUUUUGGGGGCCAUUAGUGGUAGUAACCCGUGAGCUCAUCAACACUCCAUUUAGUAUUAUUGUUGGGUUUUUUUUUAAAUAAAGAAAAGGUACAGGUAUUCAAAAAAAACAAAAAAACAAACCCAGGACUAAAACGUUACCUUUUGGGGAGGGAAAACAGAUUCUCAGGUAGUGCCGAGUAGCACUUUCUACCGUUUUCCGGUAACGGGCUUAUGAGCAAACUUCGGAAGACUACUACGAAUCAGAAGUGACGGCACACCGAAUUUGGGUCUCGAGGAAGGGAGCCCGAUUACAGAACUGUGUUAAUGGCAAUCAUGGAUGGUGACGGCUAGAGCUGGCCUAUUCCAGGAGUCUCGGCUGUUCUGCCUGGAGUAGGAGGUAGCCAGAGUGGUUGGUGGCAAUUACAGCAAGUGGUAUUUGGGGAUGAGGUAUGUUUUGGGGUAGCAGAUGGAAAAGGAAAGAGAAAAAUCUUCUACCUGAACAGUUACUAGAAAAUCUUACGCCUUGAUAGGAGGCUGGGAGAAUCACUGGCCUAAACGCUGGAUCGGUUCCCUUUUUAUUACAGCAGCACUUGACUAGAGGUGUAUUUGUAUGGCAAAUGCGGGUCUUCCGUGAUACACAAGUGGAAGUCAAGAACUGUGAAUACUCUUCCAAGAUAGCAUUGCUUUGUGGCAGGGGUCAAGUGGUUCUAGCAUUACUUUUAACGGAGAAGAGGCGUGACACAAAACAGAACCCUCUGUAGAUAGUUUCCCAAAAGCUGAUGGAGGUGUUAAGGUCUCCUUAAGCAGAUGGUUUCUCCUAUGGUAAACUGCAAUGAAUUUAAGGACCAGCUCCCUCAUCUUAAAGGAGAAAUGUAUGUCUACGUAUGUAAGGUCUAAAAAAGGUCAUGCUGCGGAAUGGGAAAUCCAAAAAGGAGAGAGAUUCCGGUUAAGAUCUCAAGCCUUGUGUCCUGAACAUGACAGUUGUAUUUUCUCAAAACGCCUUCUACUUAACUUUCUGAAGAAAACAAAAAAAUGCUCAUUGGAUUUUGGUUGUUUCUCCGAUCUGAAGCUUCAGAUUAUUUGGUGGAGGGGGAGGGUCGCCUACCUUUCUUAUUCAGAUUGCAGAACGAAAAAUCCAAUUUUCAGUAUUUUAACUACCUCGAUAAUGCUAUGAAUGUACGGUCUUGGGAUAAAAGGCCAUGACUUGAAAUAACAGCAGGUGCCUGUAGCAAUUUAAUGUCUGUCAAGUGCUUUUGCUGAAUCAAAUGUCACUCUUGCUUUGCGGAAGAAUAGAGCUUUUUUUUUUUUUUUUUGAAGUAUUAGUAAUUCUCUGUUUAUAUUCAGAUUUAGAUAGCUAAUUAACACUGGAUUUACUUUUGGGAUAGUAUUACGUAUAUAGGAUUGCUGCAUACCCUGUUGUAUUUUACUUGCUAACUGUUUUAAAAGCAAUAGCUUUCGAUGUAAGAAAAAAAUCAUUUCUUGCUGGGGGGUUUUUUUGUGGGUUCUUCUUGUUUAAUUUAUUAAUUAGCCUUUAAGUUUCUCCGACUUUACGAGACCAUCAGAAAAAGUAUGCACUGUGAACAGUUUCAUAUUAUUUAAAGGGGCUUGACCAAAGUCCGGUAAAGAAAAACAUUACUUCCAUUCAGACUACAAACCAAAAUGUAUGUUAUGACGAGUUCAAAAAUGGUGCUUAUGAAUGCAAAAGUAUACAACAGUGGAAGCUGGAUGAGUGCUAUGCACUUGGAAUUUUAAAAUAAACUAGUUUUGAAUAACAUG